AUGGUUCAUAGGGCCCAGGACUCGAGGUUACUCACUCAAUUGCUCAAGUCUGACAAAGAAUACUCGUAUGCACUCAAUGGGCUGCUCACUACAUCGCAAAGUUCCCUGGCGGCACUGAAUGCCUAUGCGUCAAGCUGCCCACCUACGCACGCGCAGCCCCUGCUUGGAGUCGUUACGGCUUUAUCUGCUGCGGAAGAUGCUUUCAAGGCGUAUGUCAUGGCGGUUGACGCGUGGAGGGCCGACCUCAAGCGAGUUCGACGUGCUGAGGAGGUCGUCGCAAAUGUCCUUAGAGACAGGGAGAUUUUGAUUGGCAAACUCAUCAAGGUUUCGAAUAAGAAGUCGACGCGUGAUUCUGUAGGGCUCGCCACUCCAUUUGCAAACGACCCAACAUUGGCGCUAAAUCCAGCAGCGAUCAAUGGAAGUGCAAGCAAUGUGACACUGACGAGUGGAAACGCAAAGCUGAACCACGCCCAAGCUGAAUUACAAGCAUGCGAAGCGCAUCUCGCCUUAAAGGAGAAAGAAUUGGAGACCACACGAGAAGAAGCUAUCAAACGAGGAUUAGAACGUCGGUGCAAGGCCCUCGUUACAUGUGGGUGGGCUUGGGGAGAAAGAGGCAAGCAAGCGUUGCGAGCGCUCGACAGUCUGGCAAAUGAACAUUCAAAUGAACACGAAAAAUCGGCACCACGCUCCUCUGAACACAAUGACUCGCAACUCUCGUCUGUUACCCCUUCACAAUCUGCAUCGCAAAUUGCAGGCAUCGUAACCUCCGACGAAUCACCUGCAAGGUCUAGCAUGUCGAAACCGAUACCAAUACCCUCUUCUCCUCUUCACGCACGGCAGCAUUCUGUCGCAAUGCCAGAGCCCGAACCAGAGUUCAAGCUCUCCAUUCGACCCGCACACAGUAUAGACGACCACGACCACAUACACGACUCGAUUCCCUCUAGUAAACCAGUAGACUCUUCAAGACGGAAAUCGAGACGUGAUGGUGAUAGCAGCGAAGAAGAUUUGUCCAAGGGUGUUUUACAAGUUCACGAGAACGAUCCGUUUGGGAAGAGGGCAUCGAGUGGUUUCCGAUCCGAGCAUGCCUCUAGCAAGCUCUCCAAUGUCACUCACUCGAGAACACUCCGAAGACCAGAUUCUAAAAAGUAUGAAUCACCGAAGAUUGGGUUUCCGCUUGUUGAUCCUGAAGGGUCUCAACGUAAGGCCAAGCACUCUUCAGAUCUUGGCCCGCGGACCAAUUUCCCUUCGUCGUCACCUCAAGAAGAAAAGUUCAACCCACAGCCAUUGCAUCGUAAACGAUCGACGUCUUUCUCGUUGAUGGGAGGAAUUUCUGGCCUCUUCAAAGGAAAGAAACGAUCAUCUAGUAUAGAGAGAAGUUAUCCCCUCCCGACAAACACUGGCGGAUGGCAUACUAGAACAGACAAGAAUCUCUUGUCGUCGAGAAGAGGAAGGACGAGUUCUUCGGAAGAAGAGCUCCCCUCUACCUUGAUCAGGAAGGCGAAACAAUCUGAGCAAGCACCUAUCGCCGACAAUUCGAGCAUCAAUAGCGAGACGAGAAAGCUUACCAAGAGAACUUCCACGGGCGCUUCUCGCUUCCGAAGGUCGAGCAUCAGAGACAAUGACCCUCCGUCCAAAUAUAAGAUUGUCGAGCAACCAGUCAAUGCCUCCUUGGUGAGAAGCGAAUCAUUCUCUUCAAAGAAGUCGGACAAGAUUUCUACGGAGAGUUCAAGAGAGACGGCAAGAGAAACAGCUGCCAACACAGCUAUGAAUGCUGGGACCACUCGACGGUCAUCAAUGCCACCAGAACGAACGAAUUCAGAGAUAAGAGGCCGUGCCGAACCCACAUCUAGCCGUCAUCAAAGUGUGGAUGGAGCGAAGAGUUUGGAGGGGCCGAGAUCAGAACUAGCCAAACUCAACGAGAGGCUAAAAAAACUGGAAGAAGUCGAGAGCGAGCUGAGAAAGAUACAAAGCAGUCCUAUGCCCGUUCUCUCUGCGGACAAGUUGGAGGUAGUGAAGGCCCCCCCUAGUAUCAUCCAGGCUCCGCUCUUAUUCCAUGCUACCCCUGCCACGUCCUUUGGUGGUGAGCCAGCAACAUCUCCCCGAGUAUCGACCCUCAAAUCAGCUACAUCUCCACCUGGAUCUCCGGGUAAAACGCCUAACCGUUUGAGCUCCAGCAGUGCUGGUGGACUGCCUACAUCGCCUACUGGAGGUGCCAAUCUGAAGGCGAGGUCCUCUGUAUCGUCAAGGGACAGUGUACCGCUGAA